CCUUACUGUACUCUCGCCAAACACACACGAACGUUCGACGCGACAUGUUGUGCGCCACCAAGAGGCCCUUCCGGCUGUCGGACGCCGUCACCAAGUUCCCCCAGAUCAAGGAGCACGACUCCACCAUCGAGCUGGAUUCGCUGGAAAAUUGCGAAAAGAACGAAGACGAUGAUGACAUCGCCGAUAACGAUCAGAAGGAGCUCAACUUGAACGGCUUAUGCAAAAAUGAGUCUAGCGAGUGUUACGUUGACGAAAUCGUGCUGCCGGGGGAGUCGCUGCAGAGCUUGUCGGACCUGAAGGUGCUGAGUUUGAGGUCGAACGGCAUCCAGAAUUUUCCGAACAGCAUUCUGCAGCUGGUGACGUUGGUGACGUUGGAUUUGUCGGAUAACAGUCUGCUGACGCUGCCGCCGGAGAUCAGCGCGCUGGAAAACCUCAGCGAGCUGGUGUUGGAUCAGAAUCUGCUCAGCGUUCUGCCGACGACUUUAUGGGACCUGAAGGCGCUCCAGACGCUCAAGGUGGCUAGGAACAGGCUGGCGCUGCCCCCGGACAAGCUGGGAGAAAUGAGGGCGCUGGUGCUCGCAGAGGCCGAGCUGAAGCCCGAGAACCAGCAGAAGCCCAACAACCUGACGACGCUCAACCUGCGCUCGAACAGACUCAAGGGGAACAUCAUCUUGGGCAACUAUGGGUUCGCGCUGGUGUUGCAGAACCUGACGGAGCUUGACGUCAGCGAGAACAGCAUCGAGAAUUUGGAUCUGAGCGCCGUGGAGCAGCUCCAGGUGCUGCAGUGCUCGAGGAAUUCCAUUACGCAUUUGACGCUGUACGGGCGCCACUUGACGUCCAUCAUCGCCGGAAAUAACAGAUUGAAGCAUUUAAUUUUGGCCCACCCUCCGCAAAGCCUCAAGCACCUGGACGUUUGCUACAACGAACUCGAAACACUCCCGGAAUGGUUAUGUGGCUGCAGCGAGCUGCGAUGCCUCUUCGCCAGCAACAACCUCCUCACGACACUCCCGGACCACCUCUUCUGCAACGAAAUGCCCUUUCUGCACACCCUCCAAAUCGCCUACAAUCAACUCCAGUAUCUUCCCACCAUUCAAAGACGGCUUCCCAUCCAGGAGAUGUUUCUUCAGAACAACAGUCUAGCGGCUCUUCCGGAGAACUUUUUCAAGUUCGUGCAUUGCAUACGCGUCCUCAACCUGUCUAACAAUCGUCUAUGUGAUCUACCGACACCAGAUGAGCCUCUCCAGCUGGAAAAACUCUUCUUAACGGCCAACUGUCUAAUAGACAAAUCUCUGGAGAAAAUAUCGCCAUAUUUAAGAAACAUCAAAAUUCUGCAUGCCGCCUAUAAUAGUUUCACUGCAUUACCAGAAGACUGCGCCAUGUCCUGGACGGAAAUAGAAGAACUGGUGUUUUCGGGGAACAAACUGUUGAAGUUGCCUGAUAGGAUAGGGUUUUUAAAGCACCUGGCGGUGCUGAGGGUGCACUCAAAUUUGCUACAGAGCAUACCCAAGCUUUCGAAUCUCGUUUGUUUGAGGGUUUUGGAUUUGGCUCACAAUCAACUAGACAGGAUAGAUUUGACGUCUCUAAUUCCCCCAAAUUUGAAAUUUUUGGAUUUAUCUUGUAACACGAAACUUCACGUCGACUCUCAACAGUUCAACACGUACAGAACCCAAAGACCCAUGAGUCUCGUGGAUGUUUCUGGAAAAAACAGGACAACCCUUCCACUCACACCAUCGCCUUUCUGCGAAAACGAUCUCACCGAUUACAGCUGGAGCGUCGGCUUUUCCGAAACCGCAGGUUGUAAGCAAAGACUUUACAUUUCUCAGAUUAGGUUGCCGGCGUUUUGUAACACGGAGGGACUGUUCGGGAUGUUCGACGGAGAAACCAACAACAACGUACCCGUGGGGGUCGACAAAGUAGUACCUAGGAUCCUUCUCGAAGAACGCACCGUCAAAGAAACCGCCUCCGACUACAUGAAGUACACUAUGCUCUCCGCCCACCGCGAACUCAAAGACAAAGGGCAGAAGCAAGGGCUCAACGCCAUCAUCUGCCACAUCCUUCGUUCCAAGCAAUCCGUCGAGUACUCGUUUUGCGCCAGCGUGAAGAAGUACGUCAUGAAAAUAGCCAGCGUGGGGGACAUCAGGGUGGUACUCGGACGUGCGGCGGGCCCCGUACGCCUCCUCCCGAUCAAACAAAGAAAGCAAAUCCGGACCAACCCGCAAAUCCAACUAAUGGUGCCGGACCCGGACGUGACGGAACUCUUCCUCGACGACCAAGACGAGUUCAUGAUCAUCGCGAACAAGAACUUGUGGGACGUCAUGACUCCUGAGAAUGCCAUCCGCGAAGUGGCGCUCCAACGCAAUGUGAUUCUUGCCGCGAAGCGGCUCCAGGACUUGGCGCAGAGCUACGGUGCUGAAGACAACUUGAGUAUCAUUGUGGUCAAGUUUAACUUGAUGGGGGGAGACGUGGAUUUGCUUAUGAGGGAACUGCGGCAAACCAUCAGGCGCAACAAGUACCAAAGCGACAGUACUACUUCGUGUCAGCCGGGGUGUUGUUGCGAGGCAUUGAGCAACGAGUGUGCCAACUGUGAAAAGAUUCAGGUACCACCGCCUCUACUCCUCAACGACGAUAGAUCUUCUCCGAGUGGUCAAAGUGAGCAAGCUUGCAGCGACUGUAACUCUUCGGCGAAACUCUUCGUCAACCAAUUGAAUCGAUCGGUGCGUAGCGUCACUCCUUCCAUUUUCGAGAGUGUUGAGGUGAAGGCGAAUCCUGAAAGACGAAGCUACAGAGGAGUGGCCAAAGCACUGAGAGCUCGACGGGAAGAAGACAAGAACCAAGAUUCAGACUCUGCUUUGUCUGAGGAACAGUUCAAGUGCUGGGAGUACAUGUUGGAACAGAACACCCAACUUCUAUUUGACAAAGAGUUGAAUACUCUGACGAGGAAUAUGAGGAAGCCGUUUGGGGCAAAGAACCCGGUUUUAUCGAGAAGCAAUCCGCAACUGGCCGACAGUAACAACAACGGUACUUUCCUAUCGCGACAAUUCGGGAGUACAAGGUCUUUCAAUCCGCUGCUGACGAGAUCUACGUCCAAAUUUAACGUUGACAAGAAGUUGAUGGGAGGACCCCAUGCGGCGUACUUCGGGAGCCUCCAAAGGCUGAUGCCGUACAACCUGGAGUACGACUUUGCGGUGAUGCACGAACGAGGGCUUGCGGAUUCACUGGAUUUGGACAGAAUGCAGCAAUACUGGGGGGUGACCACGACGGAGUUGUAAAUUGUUUUAUUAUGUAUUGUAUAAAAGUUAGCUCUGUAGGUGAAUGUGUUGGAAAAUACACGAUUCUGUUUUA